AUGACAGGGGUCAGAAUUAGUUCACGUCUUCAGCAUCAAACUGCUAAUGAUCAGCUAUUGAUAAAUGUUACAACUGAAGAGCAAAAUGAUAAUGUGAUGUCAGCCAGUAAUCAAGACCCUCCUACAGGUCCAACAAAAAAGGUGCGGGGAAAGACAAGAGGAGUGAAUGCAUAUAAGGUGCUUUCUCAAUUGAUUGCUAAAAUACCUGUCACUCUGACCGAACAAAAUGGUAGGCCUACAUGCCCAUAUUCUGAAAUGUUGGCCAAUGAAAUUGGUUUCACAGUUCGAAACCAUGCCCCACUAAAUGUGGAAAAAUGGAAGAAGAUUCCGAAAAUUGAAGUGGAUAAGUUGGUUAAAAGAAUAACGAACAAGUUUGACAUUGACAUGUCUCUCCCUUGGGUCGAGAGAUAUGUAAUUACAACAUACUCAGGAAAAGAAUGGGAGUUUCUCUGUGCUCGUUUUUCUAGUGAAAAGUUUCAGAUUCGUUCAGAGAAGAAUGCUAUAAAUAGGUCAAAGUUGACACAUCACCACAAAGCUGGGUCAAAGUCAUUUAUGUCUCACCAAGAGCAAAUUGCAGCACAGACUGGAGAGAUGCAAGAUGCAAUUGAUCGCUUUGAAACAGAGUACAAAAGCACUAAAAAAUGUUGGGACUUGGGAGCAAAAGCAAAGUGGGAUGAAAUGAUUAAGAUGCGAACUGAGACAACUCAACCUGAUGGAACUCGGACAAUGACAGAUGAUGAAAUUUGUGCAAAAGUCCUCGGAGUCAAAUCAGGCUACAUCAAGGGUUGUGGUUUUGGCCCUAGACCUCCACCAUCAAGGGUCUCUCAUUCGUCGAUAAAUGAAAUGUCUGAAAAGAACAAAGAGUUGCAAGAACAGCUUCAAGAGACCCAACACCUUGUAGGGACUCAACAACAAAAGAUUGAUGCACAAAAUGAGGUGAUCCAAAGAUUGGAGGAGCAAGCCAAAAAGUUUGAGGAGUUCAUGGCUAACUUUUCCAGGCAACAUCCAUCAAGUUAG